AUGAACAUGGAAUAUGCUGUUAAAGAUGGUCAUACAGCUGCAGAUACUACAGAGGUCACAGAAACAUCUGAAGAUGCCCUCGGUGAAUCAGCAAAAGUCUUGGAACAUGCUUAUCAUGAUGCUGUAGGGAACAGUGCCACAUCCACAGUUGCCUCAUCCACAGUUGUCUCUGAACAUGCUGAAUGGCCGCCUCAAGGUUGUUAUUUCAUAAUGAACAAAGGAGAUGAAAACCAGACAAUAUCUGAAGAGAAUGAUGAAGUUGAUUCUGCUCAGAGUGAAAUGACCAUGGAGAGAGAAAUGGAAUUCAAGACGGAGAUUAAAUGUAUAAGCAAUGUUCAAGAUUUGACCCAGGAGCAGCUGCAGUACAUGGUUGAUAAGAGUGAGAGGCAUCAGCAGAAAAUAUUUGGAGGAUACAUUCUCUGCGAGAGACAUAUUGCAUUCAAGCAGGGAGGAAGAAGCAAAAGAGAGCUGGACUUAAACUCGCGUAUUUGUUCUUACACAGACGAGCAAGUGGACACAGUCAUGCAGGCCCUUGAAAACAUCUUCUGUAAACAGGAUAACAAGUACCUGGACUAUCUGCUGAGGGUUCUCCUUCCAGAAAUGCUUGUGAAGAUCCAUAUGGACAUACACCAUACCAGCCAUGUGGUCAGUGAACAGAUUAUGGCCCAUGACUUCCACCCAACUCUCUUUAAUACAGGUAUAUGA